AUCUGAAAAAACUCUUGAUUCGGUCCGUGAAUUUUAAAAAACACCUUUCGACUUCCGCCUCUCUCCCCUCGGGAGGCGCAGCGGCAGCGGCAGCGGCAGCGGAGGCGGAUGGAGGGAGGCGAGAGCGAGGCGGUGUUCGCGGCCUUCAAUCUCAACCCCCAGCGUUUCAUCAACGAAGUCCUCAAUGCCGUCGAUGACAUGCUCGACGGCGCGUUCGAUUUCUUUCUCCAGCAAGCGACUGUAAUUACGGGUGGGGGCACCGAGAGGACCGAGGAAUUAGCUCGGGGUGUUUCUUCCCUUCGUCACUUGACACAAGCAGUUCUGGACAAGAGAAUGGCCAUCUGGGAGAAGUACUGCCUUCGACAUUGUUUUGCUGUUCCGGAGGGAUUUGUUUUGCCCAAAGCUAAAGAAUCUUCUGGAGAUAGUUUAUCGAUUCAAAAAGGGUUGUCUGAUCCGGAGCUUGAUGCUCAAUUAGAAUCUUUGAGAGAGAAUCUUGCAGCUGCUGGAAAGAAAUCUGCAGAGUUGCACGAAGAGAUGACCUUAUUGGAGAAGCAGUCUACUCUUAGUUGUAGCUAUGAUGCAUCUGUUGCUGAUGCGCUGCAGCUGUUUGAGGAGAACCCUGUGCAUGAUAUGUUUCAAGAGAUAGGGAAAACAGCAUUAGAAUUGCAUCAUAAAAUGGUCCAAGUGAAGAUGAAGAGGUGGGAAGAUAUGGAACAAGCAAGGGUUGCAAAGAUCCAUAAUUCCAGCAGAGAACAGCCCAUGUUGCAUGACACAGGGAUUUCUGCAAGGCUUGAAGAUAUUGAAGAAGUUUUAAGUAUUUUGAGGAGCAAGUGAUCGUGAAUACUGGGGCUGUAUCAUAAAGCAUAGUUUUCUCUAUGUUGUGUUCGUAUAUCUGCUGGCGUGAUUAAUGCAUGUUAUUUUGUUUGGUGUGGCAAUUUUAUUGUGGCCUUUGGGAGCACGGUGUUAGUAUUUCUGGUGGUUCGGUGAUGUAUUGCUGUUAUACUUGUAAUCCUAUGACGGUUGUAAUUAGGAAAGUUUUUCCUUUCUUCUCUUGUUAUAUUUGAGAGUAACUAAGAAUUUCUUUUGAAUCAGCAAGGCCACAUCAGGUUCUUGCUUAAAUGUUCAUAAAAAUGGUUUCUUAUUUCGUUCAUCUAGAAAUCAGUGUGCAAUUUUUC